CUUGCGCAAAAUACGAGGCGUAAGGGAAGGUUCUUUACACUGGCGUUUUGGCUUCCCAGUGCCAGCAGAAUGUCGGGGAGCGUCUCGUAGGGAUGGAGACGAGAGCGAGGUUAGUAGGGAGGUGUUUCUACCAAGUGCUGCCUCAAUGUAAGCAUGGAGUAGACAGAGUUGGAUUUCAUCAAGAUUAGUGGUUUUGCAAGAUGAUGAUUCUUGGUGAUGGAUUGCAGAGUCAUAAACAAAAGAAGGCACACGGGACUGCAACAACUUUCAUCCUUUGCUGAAACAGGAAGAACUUUCCUAGGCCCAGUAAAAUCAUCCAAAUUUAUUAUAGACGAAGAGUGCCAUGAAAGUGUGUUAAUUAGCUCAGCAGUAAGGCUUCUUGAAAGUUUGGAUUUAACCAGUGCAGUAGGACAGCUUCUCAGUGAAGCAAUUCAGGCACAAAAUAAGACAUACAGAACUGGAACCAGUACUCUCUUGUUUCUUGUUGGUGCCUGGAGCAGUGCUGCUGAAGAAUGUCUUCAUCUGGGCGUCCCCAUUUCAUUAAUAGUGUCUGUGAUGUCAGAAGGCUUGAAUUCGUGCAUUGAAGAGGUAGAAUCGCUUCAAGUGCCUGUCCACAGUGUAUAUGACCAUAUAGACAGCACAGAAACGUUUUCUGGACUUAGUGUCAGCUUGGACCCUUCUCUACACAUCCCUUCAGGUACUGGUUUGGUCCAGAAAGAGCAUGAUCUCAAAGAUGUUGCCUCUCAGUCACUGGCCUUUUGCAGGCUUUCUGGAAGACCUGUUAAAUCACCUCAACUGUUUAGGCUUCAGACUAGGUUUGAAGCAGAUGAGAACACAUCACAAACUCCUCAAACUCUGAAAAACAACCUGCUUACAGAUACCCGCUGCCGAAAGUCAGUCCUAACCCACAGUAGACAUUUUAGUAGGACAGAUCAUCAUCAAUGGAUAAGCAAGCCAGGUGAAUUUCUAGAACAACUUAGUGUAGCUGCUCCUAAGACUUACAGAUGUGGCGAUCUGGCAGAGUUGGAGGUGGGUUUGAGCCACGGAGACCCCAGCAGCAUGAGGCUAGUGGCCGAAGCAGUACGGCUGCAGCAUCAGAAUGCAGGCAUGCGACGAGGCGGCCACACUGUGCUGCUCCCCUUUGAUAUUUCAAGAAUCUUCACUUGUUGCUUACCGGGCUUACCUGACACUUUGUCUUGUGUCUGUCCAGGAUACAUCACUGUUCUGUCAGUGUCCCGUGCUACUCUGAUCAAGGAAUUGCAGAAUCAGCCAGUCCGUAUAGUUCUUGUUGAGGGUGACCUCACUGAGAAUUACCGCCAUCUGGGAUUUAAUAAGCCUACAAAUAUUAAAACAGUGUCGGAAAGCGUGAAGGUGCAACAAGACAGCUCAGAAGAACUGUGGACAGAUCAUGUACUACAAGUGUUAAUCAAGUUCAAUGUGAACCUUGUCCUGGCACGAGGAAAUGUGUCUGAACGCUUAGCUGAAAAAUGCACAGAUAGUAAGCGGCUGGUAAUUGGAUCGGUGCCUGAGAGUGUGCUGCAGGCUUUCGCAGAGGCUUCGGGAGCAGUGCAGGUGGCCUACAUCACACACAUGAAUGAAAACUGUGUGGGCAGUGGGGUCUCUGUGACCAUGUGGAGAAGCGUUCCCUCUGACACUGUAGAUGGGAUCAGCAGAAUGACAGUCGUGUUAAAAACAGAAGGAAUUAAUUUGGUUACAGUAGUGCUGACUAGCCCAGUCACUGCCCAGAUGCAAACCAAAGAAGACCGGUUCUGGACUUGUGCCUCUCGUCUGUGUUACGCUCUGAAAGAGCAAAAGGUCUUCCCUGGAGGUGGCGCAGUUGAGCUUUUGUGUCUUACCCAUCUUCAGAGUCUCGCAGGACAGUCUGUGAAUAAAGGAAAUCAAGGCUGCUCAGGAUGGCUGCAUAACACUUCCUCUUGGCUGGCCUCAUCUGCAGCACUGUACAGACCUACGGUGCUUAAAAGCCUGGCAGAUGGAUGGCACAGGUACCUCUCAACUCUCCUGCGUAACACUGCUGUUUACUCUUCAGACUCUGAAGCCGCCACUUCCAUUCAGUGUCAUCUACAAAAUGCUGCAGACUCUGGCUCUCCUUCAUCUUACAUCUUGAAUGAAUAUAGUAAACUUAAUAGUGUAAUUUUAAAUUCAGGCAUUUCAGAUAAGCUGGAACCAAUUCCAAGAGUUUAUGACGUUGUUACACCAAAGAUUGAGGCAUGGCGCCGAGCUCUGGAUUUAGUAUUGUUAGUACUUCAGACAGACAGUGAAAUUAUCACUGGACUUGCACACACACAGAAAAGUUCACAGGAAUCAGAAGGCUUUUUAUUUUUGUAAAGGUAUUGGCUAAGUCUUUGGAAAAUUGUCUUUGGUAACAUGUCAUGCUAACAAUAAAUUUUCCAGUAGUUAAGUCUCAGUAUCUGAAAUGUCAGCUUUUACCAAGAAGAAGAUAAUUGAUAUGUGUCAAUAAUUGUGCAGGAUGUGAGAUUUCACCCUACUUAUAAUCUCACAAGUUAGCCUGUUAAACUUUUCAUGGAAUGCUACAGAAUACACAAGAUGCUUGGAUCAGAGACAGGACUUUUAUUAUUCAUAGCAAAAGCAGUACCCAGAGCUUUGGGUUGGUCUCUGUCAGGUCCCCAUUUCUCUAAGUCCCACAAGAGCAACACAAAGGGCCCCUGAUGAAAACCAGCACACUCAGCGUGUUGUGUUCUGGCAGAAGAACACUGAGCUUGGAGUCGCCACUGCUUUUAUAGUAAGCAGAAACAUCUUUUUUUUUUUUUUUUUUAAGCAGAAACAUCUUGUUCUUUGUCCAACAGUAGUUGUUUCCUCAUGCCUGAAACAUGUAAACACAAGCCUGAGACAUGAGCUGCUUAAAGCUAGGCCAUAGCACACUGGGAAUGCAUGAAGUGCCACUCAGAGCCCAUGGUGAAGAGCCUCCUCCAGCAACUCACUCUUCAACAGUUCUCGGCCAGACUCAGAGCCCAUGGUGGAGAGCCUCCUCCAGCAACUCACUCGUCAACAAUUCUAGGCCAGACUCGAAUUUUCAUGGGAGUGUUGGCUACUCUGAUUACUCUGGCAAAGAGGUUACUUUGUUCCAUACCAAAUCCACUCAGUUGGUCUCAUAUAGCAACUAAAUUAAGGCUACCAAAAUGGACUCUGAGCAGCAGGAUAAAAUCAGUCUGCAGUAUUGACCUCAGCCAUGUUCCCCAGCAUCUUGAAUUGAGUCAAACGUCAAUUCCAAGGAGGACCAGUAGGUCUUUUUAUUAGCCAGAAUGUAGUCUAUAAUUUGCUGUCCAUAAUGAGCCAUGCAAGGGAGCUUUGACUGACUUGCUUAUCUUUGGUGUCAUUGCAAAAAUUACAGGAGGCUAUAGAUGGGCCAAAGGCAGCCCCCAUCCCUAGUGGAGAUACCAUUGUGGCCCACGCUCCUCACAUAUGAGCACAUGUAACCCCAACAGGCCCAGGUCACUAUAUUUCAGGAUUUGUUGUGAAACCUGAUUUGAAUUGUAUGUUCCUAGUCGCUCAGUCACGUCCAACUCUGUGACAUCAUGGACUGUAGCCUGCCAGGCUCCAUUGUCCAUGGAAUUCUCCAGGCGAGAAUCCUGAGGUGGGUUGCCAUUCCCUUCUCCAGGGAAUUCUUCCCAACCCAGAAAUCAAACCCAGAUCUCCUGCAUUACAGGGAGAUUCUUUACCACCUGAGCCACGAGGGAGGGUCACAAAAGGCAGACACGACUGAGCAACCAAGCUUGUGCAAACAGAAUCACAAUGAACCUGGCUUCCCUGAUUUGAAUUAACCAUAAAUUUAAGUCAUACAGGUAUUGUCACCCAAUAAUUGCAGCCUCAGUUGUCAUACAUGGCAAAAUCCAAGGCUCCUCAGACAUUAAGAGAAGCAUGUGAUCAGUCAGAUUGAAACAAGUUUGUCCUGGUCCCUGUGCUUGUGAUGUGUUCUUAUCUGGGAGCUGCCAUUGGUGGCAUCACAUCCUGCCUCCAGUAGUGAGUAAGAGGCUUACCAAGGAGCUGAGCCUUCUUUGUGGUGGGCACGGAGAUGGCAUUUGUUUGUUUGACUCCCAGAGGGACCGAGUGCUAUGAAUCUAUCCAAAUGGUCUCAAAGAACUUUACUUGGCAAACAGCAUUCUGAAUUUCGUUUGCUUAUCAGUUGAUUCUAUUGGUGAAUAGUUUGAAAUAGAUAAUGCCAUAGUCAGGAAGAAAACUGCCACAGUCGGACCAUUGAGAGAGGCUUCUAACUUGUCAACCUUGUAAUAUCUAAAUACCACCCAUACAGUGAACAUUUGAGGCAUCAGUGUAUAGAGGCACUCACUCAGUCCCAGCCUGUUGGUGGGUAGGAUGGGGUAGAGCAUGGUGGUUGUUGGCAGGAAGCCUGUCUCGUUUUUCUGCUUGUAGCAAUACCCUGAAUGGUGGAAUCUUCUCGGGUGCUUUAUGAGCAUUUAAGUUUAAGUACAUAACAUAGCGAUGCCAAUUGUGUAUUUUUAUAAUAAUAGUACAUUGAAUUGGGCCAUUGGGCUCCACCCACAGGGUCACUUUUUUCCUUUCUGCCAGAUUUGCUCCAGUCGUAUCAGUUGACUUCAGUCACUUUUCCUCCAUAGGAACAUGGACCAAGAAGGUUAACACUUUCACGUUAGGGGCUUUAACAGUUGCCAGGAGACGAUGUGAUCUCCCUGACUGGGAGCUCAGGUAGGGGCAGAGAGAGGGCAGCAGGCAAGGAGGGUUUGUUUUUUUUAUUUUUUUUUCCUGGCUCUUCAUUUCAGUGUUAGGGCCAGCUUUUCCUUUGUUCUCUUGCCAAUAUCUGGAGGGUACCCAGGCUCCAGGGGUCUUUCUAUUUGCCCUCUGCAUGCCGCUGCAUCUCCCCAGUGCCCUGCAGCCCUAGGUACCUUUGGCCACCCUGUGCCCAGUACUCACUUUCCUCAGGGACUGCCGGGUAGCAUGUCACGGGCACCUGUACCUAUCAGCCAUAAAGGUUCAAGUUCCUUUCUUCCUCAGAGUUCCCCAUCACACUCGAGUUUUUCCUUAACAGCCGCUGAGGUCAGCAGGGAGGUGCCGGAUGUAUUAAGUUUAGAGGGAGAGAAGGGCUCCAUGCCAGGAAGCAGUGCUUCGUGUUUACUUUUGGUUUUGAUCAGCUGCGCAACUUGUGCUCAGAAAACUUGUCUUUUUGUGUCUACUCAGAGUUGCAUGUCUUCAUUGCUGACAGCAUUCCUUUCAGCUCUGGGGACCCCUUGACUUAGCAGCCGCAGCCAGUUUCUUCUCUUUCUUGUGCCAUGGGGCUUGCUACCGUGUGGUCGUGUCCACAUCCUUCCUCUUCCCACCCCAGGUGAGUGGGCAACCACCAACACACCAUUUGGGUGGCUUUUUUUAUUCCCACCUCUCUCACAUACUUAGUUUCCAAACAUUCAUUUUCAGGUACAUAGGCAGCACAGGCAGCCCAUAGUCCCUUCCCCAUUUCCCACUUCUUGAGUGAAAACAUUCACUGUUGGAGCCCAGGGAGCCAUAUCUCUUAACCCCACCCACUGGGGCUCAUCUUUUCCAGAGAAACAUGGCACGCUCAAGUCAAAACUGGCAAGAAGUAUACAGGAUCUGGAAUUUUGCCCUGUUUACAAGCUAACAAGUUAGCUUAUUAAAAUUUCAUGAGACACUGGCAGAAGAGUCAAGACUCCUGGAUCAGAGACACAGGACUAUACAAGUAACCGGAGCUUCACGUUAGUUUAUGUUGGUCCCCUGUGCUAUCAAGUCCCUCAGGGGUGACAUUAAGAGCCCGUGAUGAAUGCCUGAACACACAGUCGUUUGUAUUACUGGAGAGGAACACAGAGCUUAAGCAAUUCAUAACUUUUAUAGUAAGCACAAGUAAGCGUAUUUUUUGGAGAAAGAUAUUACAUCAUCAUUCAUGGUUGCUCACUGCAAAUUCAGCCUUGAGAAAUGUCCUGGAAAAAGAGGGCUGGAUACCUAGCAAGAACAUACAGUGGUGCCCAGAGCCCAUGGCAAACUGCCUAUCCCAACAAAGUCUCUUUCACUACUUAGCCAUAAAUUGAACAUUAUAAGACCUGAAUUUAUGUGUGUAGUUUUGGAAAUGAGUAUUAGAAGAGCUCUGAGAAAAUAAUAGUAAUUAAGUUACUGUUUACCUACCAGGUUCCAGGCACCCUUCUGAAUUCUUUAUAUAUUGCACCAAUUUGCUGCUGUCGCCACAACAAAGUAACACAUACUAGAUGACUUAAACAACAGACAUUUAUUUUCUCACAAUUCUGGAGGCUGACAGUCAGAUCAAGCUGUGGACAGGGCUGGUUUCUUCUGAGGCCUCUCUCCUUGACUUGUAGAUGUCUUCACAUCUUCCCUCUACCUGUCUUUGUCCAGAUUUCCUUUUUUGGUCAGGAUACCAGUCAUAUAGGAUUAAGGCCCACCCUAAUGACCUCAUUUUAACUUAGUUACCUCUUUAAGGACCAUGUCUCCAAGUAUAGUCACAUUCUGAAGUACUAGAGUUUGGGACUUCAGUGUGUUAAUUGGCAUAGGGAUGCAGUUCACCCCAUAAUUCAUGUCUGGUCUCAAUCUUUGCAACAUCUAUUCUCUCCAUUUUAUGGUUGAGGAAAUUAGCCUAGUAAGGUUAAGAAACUUGUCCAGGGUUUCACAGAUAAUAGGUGGUAGAGCUGAAACUUGAACUAAGGUUUUAUCUGGCUCCAAAGUCUAUAAGCAUUAAUUGUGACAUGAAGCUUUUUUUUUUUUUUCUAUAAGAUGACAGCAAAACAAGAAAAGAAUGUCUGGUUUAUUUACAGGACUAAUUUAAAUGUAUUAGAAAAUGUAAUUUGAUUAUCCUCAUGAUUGGGAAAAGAAUAUCAUUUUUGCUUUAGUGCUUAUCUUAUAUGUAGUAAUGUGAGAACUUUGCACAGAUAACCAUUGCAGUUAUACAGACUGUUCAAAGUUAGAAUAAUAACGGUGUUGAAUAUUGAAUGAACUGUUUUUAAAAAUAUGUUGUAUUUAUUUGAAUAGCUAUCAAUACUUUUAUUCUCCCUCUGUAUACUAUUAACAUUCAGUUUUUGUUAAAAUAUCACGAAGAUUAUGAGUGCCACUGAUGGUAACAUAGAUGUUUAACUCAUAUAGUAGAUUUUUCUUUUGCAAAUCUUGUAUUUGCAUGUAUUCAUACUAUUAUGUAUCAUCGAAAAAGCAAGAUGGUCCAUUUGUUGGAUCAUCGAAAAAGCAAGAGAGUUCCAGAAAAGCAUCUACUUUUGCUUUAUUGACUACACCAAAGCCUUUGACUAUGUGGAUCACAGCAAACUGUGGGAAAUUCUUCAAGAGAUGGGAAUACCAGACCAUCUUACCUGCCUCUUGAGAAACCUGUAUGCAGGUCAGGAAGCAACAGUUAGAACUGGACAUGGAACAAAAGACUGGUUCCAAACUGAGAAAGGAAUACGUCAAGGCUGCAUAUUGUCACGCUGCUUAUUUAACUUAUAUGCAGAGUACAUCAUGAGAAGUGCUGGGCUGGAUGAAGCACAAGCUGGAAUCAAAAUUGCCAGGAGAAAUAUCAAUAACCUCAGAUAUGCAGAAGACACCACCCUUAUGGCAGAAAGCAAAGAAGAACUAAAAAACCUCUUGAUGAAAGUAAAAGAGGAGAGUGAAAAAGUUGGCCUAAAGCUCAACAUUUAGAAAACUAAGAUCUUGGCAUCUUGUCCCAUCACUUCAUGGCAAAUAGAUGGGGAAACAGUGGAAACAGUGGCAGACUUUAUUUUGGGGGGGCUCCAAAAUCACUUCAGAUGGUGACUGCAGCCAUGAAAUCGAAAGACGCUUGCUCCUUGGAAGAAAAGUUAUGACCAACCUAGACAGCAUAUUAAAAAGCAGAGACAUUACUUUGCCAACAAAGGUCUGUCUAAUCAAAGCUAUGGUUUUUCCAGUAGUCAUGUAUGGAUGUGAGAGUUUGAUUAUAAAGAAAUCUGAACACCGAAGAAUUGAUGCUUUUGAACUAUGGUGUUGGAGAAGACUCUUGAGAGUCUCUUGGACUUCACAGGAUCAAACCACUCAAUCCUAAAGGAAACCAGUCCUGGGUGUUCAUUGGAAGGACUGAUGCUGAAGCUGAAACUCCAGUACUUUGGCCACCUGAUGCAAACUGACUAGUUUGAAAAGACCCUGAUGCUGGGAAAGAUUGAAGGCAGGAGGAGAUGGGGAUGACAGAGAAUGAGAUGGCUGGAUGGCAUCACCAACUCGAUGGACAUGGGUUUGAGUAAGCUCUGACAGUUGGUGAUGGACAGGGAAGUCUGGUGUGCUGCAGUCCACAGGGUCACAAAGAGUCGGACACAACUGAGCGACUGAACUGAACUGAACAUAUUAGUAGGUACUGAGAAGAUCUUGUAAUAAAUACUCUCCUUUGAAACUAGAAGUCUCACUCUAAAAAUAUAGGUUUUGUAAGUUUGUUUUGUUUCCAGAUUUAAAGAAAAAAAAAAAACUGCAUGCUACCAUAUGGUUUAUCAGCUGUUUUUCUAAUUCUUAUAAUCAUGAGAAAUAUCUUUAAAUUUUAAUUACUCA